CGGGCGGGCGACAGAGGAGAGGAAGUAGCUUUGAACAACGGUUGUGAACUAACGUGUGUUAAAGUUAAAACCUGCCUAAACAUUAAUACACAUUUACUUUAAACAAACAACGACUUUAUUAGCAGUGAGUCUGGAGACAUGCACGAGGAUGACACGCUGCUCUGUGUACUUUGUCAGCGGUCCGAACAGACGAAGAUCACAGGACCGUUAUCCACCAACGAUGGCGUCACGGCCCACCAGAACUGUUUGUUAUUUGCCUCUGCACUCAUUUGUCGUAACACUCCGCAGUUCGACGAUCUGUUUGGUUUCUCUGUGGAGGAUGUGUUGAACGAGGUGAAACGAGGACGACAACUGAUCUGUAACAAAUGUAAGAAGAGGGGAGCCACGGCUGGGUGUGAAGUCGGACGCUGCAAGAAAUCCUACCACUACCCGUGUGCUGUGGAAGAAAGAGCCGAGAUCGUUGAGGAUGUAACAAAGGAGAAAUAUGUGCUGUACUGCUACAAACACUAUCCAAAAACACAAGGUCACAAUGAGCUAACAACACCAGAGAGUCUGAUGCAGAUGGGCUUCGACAGAAACAGAGCGGAGAUGGCGGUAGCCAUCACAGGGAACCAGGGAAUAGAACUAGCCAUGGACUGGUUAAUGGUACAUCAGAACGACCCAGGCACCGAUGAGCCUGUAGGGAACGUGGUGGGGGGAGCAGCCGUCACCCAGUCCCCCACAGAUGAGCCGUCAAUAGCAGACCCCGCAGAAGAAAACAACCCCUCCGAAAAUGGACGUCUCCCUUUAUCCUCACAGUCUAGAGCUUACAGAAAUCCUGAAGAAGCUGGAACAUCUAAGAAGAAUGCCAGUGGUGACUCUACUGACCAACGGCCGACUGUGUACAGCAGUGACUCAAACUCCUCCAGCAGUAGGAAGCCUUCAUCUAUCAAGAGACGGUUGAGUUUUAGAGACAAACAGAACGGGACCCCUUCUAAACGUAGAUCCAAAGUCUUCAGGGCUUCACUGAGGGAUGAUUCUUCAAAUUCAGGCGAUAAUGAAUCGGAUUCAAUAACGGCCCCUUUAGAUACUGAUAUAGAUGAUAGUGAACACCUGGUUCGUGAGCCUCUCACGAGGGAGACUCAUUUCUGUCUGGAGGAAGAGAGCAGAGCUUCAGAUGAAACAAUCAAUUCAGAUGCUGAGUCAGAGAGUCUGCUGCCUCCUUUCUCUCAGGCUGACUUCUCCACUCAGACGUCUCCAACGUCUCCGAUGUUAACUCCCAGUGAAGUUCGGUGUAAAACGGAGAGACUGGCACAGACAGACGAUGGAGGUACAUUUUCACACCAUGAUGAGAUUAAUUUAGGAAGUCUGCACAUGAAUCAGGAACUGGAGUUGUGUGCUGUCAGUCCUGAGGGGAGUCCUGUCGACAGUCCAUCUGAUCCACACACCGCUGGACCCUCUCCCUCUGCUCUCACUGAUGCUGGCAGCUCAGCCUGUGUGACCCUCCCCACUUCCUGUUCCCCUCCCGUGGCCCCUCCCCCUCAUGUGGCCCCGCCCCCAGACCCCUCCCCGCCCCCAGACCCCUCCCCCAGCGGGGCCUCCAGCAGGUUCUGGAGGAGCUGUAACGCUGCCGGCUGCACGCAGAACAUCUUCAUAGGUUUCUUUAAGGAAAUGAGCGACGUCUCCGACAGGAUUCAGGCUGAGCAGGCCAGCCAGGAGGAUUAUGAUCUGGCGUUAACAGUGAUGAGGGCUUCUGGGAAACUGUUAGAGCUUGUGGGCAAUCAGCAGGAAGAGUUACAAGGGAAGCAAAGGGAGCUUCAGGAGGCAGCGGCAGCGAUGGAGGAGGCCGUCUCAGCGCUGAAGAGAGAUGAGGAGCAGCUGUCACAGUCACACACAUCACAGUUAACUGUAGACAAUGGACGCGCCACUGCAGCUCUCUCGUCUCCUCUUCACACAGCACACUUUUCGCGGCACACGUACUUACAGCCAAUCAGCUCUGAAUGAUUUGAGAUGACGUAUGGUGGGGAUGGUA